GGAAGUGCAGCCGUUCGCUCGUGCUCACACACACAUGCGGUUAGUGGUGUUAGUGAGUCUUUUAUAGAUUAGAGAUGCUUCAGCGUUCUACUGAGGAAAUGGAAAUUGUGGUGGAUAUCUAUGAGAGUGUAGACGCUGUUAGAGGUCAUGACCCCGACCUCGAAACCCAAGACACAAGGAAGGACCUAAACACAGAUCAUAGAGGAGACACUGCAUGGAGCAGGUGUUACAGAGUGACUGCAGUGUGUGUGGUGCUGCUGUGUGUUCUCCUGCUGACUGCCGUCACGGUGCUGUGGAUCCGAUUCAACAACCUGACUACAGAAAACAACCAGUUACAGACCAGUUACAACACCCUGACUAUAGAGAGAGACCAGUUACAGAAGGUUAGAGAGGAACUCCAGAAGCUUUCUAAACAGGGAUUUAUUUAUUUUAGCUCCAGUGUUUACUACAUCUCUACAGAGGAGAAGAGCUGGACUGAGAGCAGAAAGGACUGCAGAGAGAGAGGAGCAGACCUGGUGAUCAUAAACAACAAAGAGGAACAGGAGUUCAUCAGUAAAAUCCUGAGCAGAACAAAAGCUUGGAUUGGACUGAGUGACGGAGACAGAGAGGGCGAGUGGAAGUGGGUGGACGGUACACCGCUGAACACUGGGUUCUGGAGAAAAGGAGAACCCAACGGUGCUGCAAAUGAGGACUGUGUUGUAAUUCAUGAUCACACUGAUCCUGUCUGGAACUGGUCUGAUUAUCCCUGUAGUCGUCAGAUCAUUUGGAUCUGUGAGAAGACAGUCGUUAUCUGAAUUACUGCAUGUGAUUGAAAAGCAGUAAAUAAGUUGAUAUUUUUAUCUGUGUAGGUCAGUGUGUUGUGUCUGAAAAAUCCUCAUUACUGUUAGUAACUCUGUCACCACCAUGAUGUCACCUGAUUUUCUUUCUGAACUGAUUUUCCAUGCUGUGUGUGUGUGUGUGUUUUUUAAAUGAACAUGCAAAAUAACAGUGUGUGCUCGCUCCAGUGCUAUUCUGUUACCUGUUGAAUAAUGAGUCACACUGUUAAAUUAAGCCAAAUCAAGCAGUGAUUAAUAAUAUAUUGGAAAUAUACUAAGUUCCUAUCAGAUGUUAAUUAGUUUUCUGAACUUGGUAACAGACUAAUUGAGGUUUGUUUGUUUUUUAGAGAAACUUUUGAAAAUAAUGUAUAAAAGUCUCUGAUCUUACACUUUUACGUGUGUCUGGUUUUAAAGGAGUGUUUAUUAAAGCAGCACCGGUUAGAACACAUGAGUGAAAAUGAAGAUUUUCACAGGUUGUGUUAUACACAAGAGUUUGCUGACUCGCUGCCACAAAAAAAAACAGACUUUAUAAAGUCAUGAUGAGACAGAGGGAACAAAAGGACUCUUUUAGAUUCACUCUGUCAGUCGUGUAUUCUAGCUGUGAAAAUAACCUUUAUAUUGCAAUAAUAUGUAGGAAGGGCAGCAUGCAUUUUUUUUUAGCCCCCACAUAAUCUAGGUUCACCUGGUUAAAUGCACACUUAUUUCACAGCAUGUGAUCUAAUUCAUAUGAUUAACGUGGUCCUAUUUAUACAAUGAGACCGUGUCUUGCAGUGAAGAGAGCCGAGCUCAGCAGCACCCAAAGCCGAAAAGUGUUCGUUUCUGUUGGGUUCUGUUACUUUUGAGUUGAUGAUUCCUUUACUAAGGAGAGCCUUGAUCUGUUCCGCCGAAAACCAGUCAGUCUAAGACAGGGGUGUCCAGUCUAAUCCGGAAAGGGCCGGUGUGGGUGCAGGUUUUCGUUCCAACCAAGCAGGAGCCACACCUGAGUCUAUUGAAAGCAAAGAUUAAACAGGUGGAAUCAGGUGUGCCUCCUGAUGGGUUGGAAUGAAAACCUGCACCCACACCGGCCCUUUCCGGAUAAGAUUGGACACCCCUGGUCUAAGAGGUUAAAAAAAAGUCUAAAAUUACAGAAUAACUCAAGCCAGGCCACACAUUUCACAAUGUUGACCAUGUCCCAGUUUUAGAAACAAAGCACAGAUCUACAGGUCUGAAAACACCCUCAGAUAAAGCUGCCUGUAUGGUGAUCAGAGAGGUCAAGUAAAACCAGAUGCAGAAGUAUUAGGCAUUUUCAUUGUUUAUUCUUAUCGUUAACAAUAGCUAAUAUUAUUAUAGCUGAUUUAUGAAGGUCAAUACACUUUUUCAUUCCGUUUCUCUUAUCUUCCUCAUGUGGAUCGACGACUAAGGGAUGUUGGCCUCUGUCACCUCUUAUUUAUAUCUCGGUGAAACAGCAAUGGACGACUUCUUAAACACUCCUAAACACUCAGAUGGACUCAAUAAUACAUCAAGCGCAUUUUGUUUUUACUCAUACAACAAAAACAUCAAACAUUAAUGCAAUAGUAUGGUUAUAGUUGCUAUACGUAUAUGUGUGUCAUUGUAAUGAUGGUCUUAUGUUGUUACUGGAGACAAGUUAUUCGCAGAUCCAGUAGUAAGUUUCAGUGCAGGGUCUGUCAAACCAUCCAUUAUACCGGUUUAUAACACAGUCAUCGAUAUCUCUAAUUCCAUUUAAAGAUGACCAGUACCUAGAAAAGAGAAAAAGUUUAUUGCCCUGGACACACUGAGUAAAUGAAUAAAAGCCCAAUGAAUAUUAAUGUACAA